AUGAGAAAACUCAACAAUUUCAUCUCAAGACAUCAACUUAUUGAUCUUCCUUUGAUUGGUGCUUCUUUUACUUGGACUAAUAAUCAAGUUCAUACUAUCAAGAAUAGAAUUGACAGAUUGAUGGUUUCUUCUUCAUGGGAAUGUAUGUACCCUCAAGUAGUUCAAAAAUCCCUUGCUAGACCUUGCUCUGAUCAUAAUCCCAUAGCCUUGUUUUGUGAAGGGGUGAAGCAUGGACAUUCUACAUUCCGCUGUGAGUAUUACUGGCUUUCACAUCCUAAUUUUAUUUCUGUUGUAAGAAAUUUGUGGUCUUCUGUUGUUGUCUCUGGUAGUGCAGGUUUUAUCUUUAGUAAAAAGCUGCAAUUGCUUAAGCAAAGGCUAAAGGAAUGGAGCAACAUGGAAUUUGGUGAUGUUGAUAUGAGGCUAGAGGAGUUGGAGAAUAUUUUUGUGGACUUGGAUGCUGAGGAAGAUGUUAGUAAUGGUCUCUCUGAUGACAAAUGGAAUAAAAGAAUUCAAGCAAGACAAGACUACUGCAAACUUACAAUCUCAAGAGCUGAAAAAUGGAGAUCAAGGUCAAGAGUUACUCAUAUCAAAGAUUUUGAAAAUAACACCAAAUUUUUUUGUAGGAUUGCUAAUGGUAGAAGAAGAAGAAGCUACAUUGGCUCCAUAAAGGUAAAUGGUUCUUUGACUUCUGAUGAGAAUGAAAUUAAAAGUGGUAUUGUAGAUUUUUUUAAGACUAUAUUUCAUACUCAGAAUCCUAGAGAAGUUUCUAUGGAGGGUAUGAACUUCUCAAAUAUCUCAUAG